CGGUGACGUCACCCAGGUUUGUUUACAGCGGACCUGCUGCUCCUCCAGGGCCCAGGCUGGAUUCUCCGGGAACCAUGCCGGAAAGGUACCCCGACGUGGGCCUGUUCCAGCAAAUCAUGGGUCUGAACCUGGUUCCGAGGAAGAACGCCACGUUCCGGGGAAACGACACGUCGCUAAGCGACUUCUCGGAGAUGUGGUACGGCGUGUUCCUGUGGGCCACGGUCUCGUCCGUCAUCUUCCACCUGCCUGCAGCGCUGCUGGCCCUGGCCACGCUGAGGCAGCACAAAGUGGCUCGCUUCAUGCCCAUCGCCAUCAUGCUGAUGAGCAUCGUGGGGCCGGUGUGCGGCGGCGUCCUCACCAGUGAGUCACGUUCCCUCCGACAUCAGUCCAAUGCCCAUCCUUGCUGCCUUGCUAUCUUUCGUGUUUCAGGUGCCGCCAUCGCCGGGGUCUACAAGGCUGCCGGGAAGAAGAUGAUCCCUUUGGAGGCUCUGGUUUUUGGAGUCGGACAGUCCUUUUGUGUGCUCACCAUCUCCUUCUUCAGAGUCCUGGCCACGCUCUAGCACCAAACCCCUCAGCCAGACUUCUUGUUUCCACAUUCCUGAAGCUGAAAGAGGAAACACUUCUUGGAAGAAGAGCCAACUUUUAUGCAACUUUUCUUCUGGCCUUAAUUUUCUAACCUCUCCUCAGCGCUCCGGACUCUAAUACAAAUCAAAGAUGCUGUGGUUCCUGGAACAUGAGCUCUGGAAACGGUCAGGUCGCACAGUGUUCCAUCAUCGGCGGGUGAUGAACUAUUAGGAAGCUAUGAAUGUAUUUAUCUGCAAUUUAUUUAUGAUUUUAAGUUGGUGUUUUUAGAUGUCGCACACUGGUUCCUCUCACUUCUGAGUCAGUCACAGCCGAGGAUUAAGUGAAUCUAUUUUUACUAGAAUGUCUGUUCCACACUGGAAUUAAAGUUGUUCAAACCAA